AAACCUCAUUUCAUCCUUAUAUAAACCUCUCAAUAUCCCCUUCUGUUAUCAUACAUUAUUACCAGCCACAGAAUGGAGUGUCUUCAGAGUUGGCCUGAGCCUGUUGUUCGAGUCCAAUCUUUAUCUGAAAGUGGCAUAACUUCGAUUCCAGAGAGAUACAUCAAGCCCAUCCUUCACAGGCCUUCAGUGAGCACAGAGUUUGAUCCCCAUGUCAACAUUCCUGUAAUUGAUCUCCAAAACAUUUUCAGUAACGACCGAAUCCUCCGAGACGACACUCUAAAGAGCAUCUCAAGGGCAUGUCGUGAGUGGGGUUUCUUUCAAAUUGUUAACCAUGGAGUUAGCCAUCAGCUUAUGAGAAACAUGCGAGAGGUGUGGCGUGAAUUCUUCAAACUGCCGCUGGAGAUUAAGCAAGAGUAUGCCAACUCGCCUGAUACUUAUGAAGGCUACGGCAGUCGUUUGGGUGUUGAGAAAGGGGCUAAACUUGAUUGGUGUGAUUAUUUCUUUCUUAAUUUUAUGCCUCUCUCCCUCAGAAAUCCUACCAAAUGGCCUGCUCUGCCCACUUCCUGCAGGGAAUUGGUAGCUGAAUAUGGAGAAGAAAUGGUGAAAUUAUGUGGAAUCCUAAUGAAGGUUCUAUCUGUGAAUCUUGGACUUGGAGAAGAUGAACUUCAAAAUGCAUUUGGUGGAGAGGAAAUCGGUGCAUGCUUAAGGGUAAAUUUUUACCCAAAAUGUCCACAGCCUGACCUUACUCUUGGCCUCUCUCCACACUCAGACCCUGGUGGCAUCACCCUUCUCUUGCCUGACGAAAACGUUGCUGGACUUCAGGUACGAAAAUACCAUAACUGGAUCACUGUGAAGCCUGCUCCAAAUGCUUUCAUUGUCAACAUUGGAGAUCAAAUUCAGGUACUUAGCAACGCCAUUUACAAGAGCGUGGAGCAUCGGGUGAUAGUGAAUUCAGGGAAAGAACGUGUGUCAUUGGCUUUCUUCUAUAAUCCAAAAAGUGAUAAAUCGAUUCAACCAAUGAAGAAGCUAGUGACAAAGAAUCGACCACCCCUUUAUGAAGCCAUGACUUUUGAUGAAUAUAGGGUUUACAUACGGAUGAAAGGUCCAAGUGGUAAGACACAAGUUGAUUCCUUAAAAUCUAACACAUAACGAUGAUGAUGAUGAUGAUGAUGAUAUAUCCAAUCAUAUACAUCAUCAACUCUAAUAUUUUAUAUUUGAAUAAUUAAAUGAAUUUUAUUUGAUGUAUGAUUUAUGGAAGCGUACUCUAAUUUAGAAAGAACUUAAUUUUCACUGAGUCACAAUUUGAAUUUAGAGUAA